UAAUAAAACUGACAAAAAGCAUUAAAUAAAGGGACAAGCUUUUGCUUUUCUUCACUACUGUGUCCUCUGUUCUUUCUCAUAUCUAAUUUUGCAUUUUUCUGUAUCUUUUCCUUCUUAGAGUCACCAAUUCUUGUUCAUCAGCUCAUAAGUAAUACACAGAGGCGGACCUAUGUUGGGAGGUGGGGUCACCGGAACCUGUUUAACGUCGGCAAAAAUACAGUAUAUAUAUUUUAUAUCUAUAUGUAUAUACCGUGAGGACCCCUUAAAUAUUUUAAGUGUGCCCCUAAACACAAAAGCUGGACAGAAGCAUUGAUUUAAGAAAGUGCUCAAAGUGCCUUCACUUCCUUGAUGUCCCAAGUUGAAAUCCUGUCUCCUACAACUUUUAUAAUUCUAUUUUACUUUUACUUUUUUUUUUUAAAUUCAAUUAUUGUUUAAUUACUUAGUAGUCAACCGGAUAUAUUUUUAUAACCUUUUCUGAAUUCAAUUAUAAUUUGAUACUUCUACAUAAUAAUAAACUUAAAACUUAAUUAACCUUUUAUUCAAAUCCCCAACUCAUUCAAAAGUCUGAAUAUUCAUUAGCCCCCCCCUCCACAAAUAGAGUAGCAAACUCUUCUGCCUCCCUUCAAUUUAGUUAAUUCUUUUUCAGUUCACUGCAUCUCUUCUAAAUCCGAUAGCCCUAUUAGGUGACGACAACGAUGGCUGAAUUUGAAUCUUUUCUUCUUUGAUUUUAUUUGAGUCAGUUUUUUUCUUUUGAAAAUAUUACCUUAGCAAAAUAAUGUGCUACAAACUUUUUCUUUUCCGAAAAGAUUCUUAGAGCUAGAAAGAUAUUAUAAACAUUUGCUUUUUCGAUUUAUGUAAAUUAUACCCAGAUUAGCAGUUGACUCUUGCAUCACUUUGAGGAGAAAACGUUAAAUUAUAUUUCAGGAGAUAAAUUGGGGAGCAAACGACCACCAGUAUGGAUGGUUGUCGUCCUUUACCAGAAGAUCUAUUAGUGGAAAUUCUAUUGAGGUUGCCUGUGGAAUCACUCUUGCGUUUCAAAUGUGUGUGCAAGCAUUGGUAUGCUCUCAUCAGAAAUCCAAGUUUCAUAGAAAAGCAUUUUCAUUACAAGAACAAUCGUGCCCGUCUCCUCAUUUGUAACUUAAUAAUAUCAAAUUUAUCGAAGUCCGUUACUUUUUCCUUGCUCCCUGGCCAAAUAGUUCCAGGUGUGACCCCUGAACAAAAAACUCUCUAUCAGUUUCAGAGGACUGAUUUCAUGUCCAUUACUGGCCCGGUUGAUGGCUUAUUCUUAGUGCAGAAACCGUUUUAUGACGAAAAUGUUUGCUUGGCUUUGUGGAAUCCUUCCACCAGAGAGUUCUGGCCUCUGCCUCCUGUGUCUUUUGAGCUUCAGUCAGAGGAUUAUGAUGAACAAUUUGCACUGGGGUAUGACCCGUCGUCUCGAGAUUAUAAGGUUGUAUGUAUUCGAAGAUUUUGGGAUAACAUUGGACAAGGCGCUUUCACUCGAGUCUUUGUCAGUGUCUAUUCAUUACGCAACAACUCAUGGAAGAACCUGAGAUCUGAAAUCCCUUCCUGUUGUCACUUAAAUGAGCCCAUUGGUGCCACUUAUCUCAACGGGGUAUAUUAUUGGCUCUCAGGGGGCCUAGACAAAAUCUGCAGGAUACGCUCAUUUGACAUGGGCAGUGAACAGUUUGGGGAGAUGCACGUACUAGAUAUUCCAAAAGCACGGUGGGGAGCACUUAUGUUGCGUGGUGCCUCACUUGCUAUCUUAGUUUGUGACCACCCUGGUAAGGCUAUGACAUCCAUAUAUGAAGUGUGGGUAAUGAAACAAGAGGGUAGUUGGACCAAAGUUCUUACUGUUCAACCUCUUAUAGAUGCUCAUUGGCCUCACGGCAUCUGGGAGGAUGAUAAGAUGAUUUUCAAAAUCACUGAAACUUCACAGCUGGUGCUAUAUGAUCCUACAACAAGAGAAGUUACAGAGCUUGGAUUUCAGCUGGACCGAACUUGGGGUCACUGUUGGGUUUUCAAUUACAAGGAGAGCCUAGUUCCAAUAAAGAGAGGAAACGACAACCACUGCCAGGACAAUGCAGUCGAGCAAAUUGACCACUUCUUCAAUAUAGAUUACGAAGAAGAUCCGGCCUUGUUGGUUGUUACAUAAAAUCUAACACUGCAUUUUAUCUUAAUUUGGAACAGAAUGUCCAUAGGAAAUAGAACUAAUCUAGUUUCCCCAAGCUGUAUUUUCCAUAUUAGUAAUAUGUCUGUAAAGCCCCUCAAGUAUGGUGCUAAUUGAAGAGUAGCAAUAUUUUGCAGACGAAGAGUUGACAGAAAAACUAUAGGAGUUCAGAAAUUCCUAUGGGUUGGUCUUGGUUCUGUAAUGGCUUUAAGGUUAAAUUGACAAGGGUGUAUGUGAUGAUACAUGCAUGUAGGAUGCUGCAUUUAUAGUAUGGGGUUAGUCCAGUUGAUGUUAGUUUUGAUUGGUCCUUGGCUAAUGUCGCUCCUAUGUUACUUAAACUGAUCUUUUGGAAUUCAACACAUCACUUCUUCAAUUA